GAAACGAGGUCGACAAGAGACCACCCUACGGAGGCCCGCAGAGGCCCUUCCCCGCCGCAAAGCAAAGCGGCUCUCGGAGAUAGAGUGGAAGUGGAGGGGAGGAGUGAGAUCUCGAAGCUUCUAAAGGCGCGGGCAACAUCCGGGCACCUGGGGCCGGCUAGUUUAGGCGCGCCUUGUCCCCACGGCUGGUUGAGGCCCGCAGCCAUGCUGAAGUGCGGGAUGAACGGCAGUCAGGUUAAAGUGUUUGGGAAAGCAAUCCAAGCUCUAUCACGAAUUAGUGAUGAGCUGUGGCUAGACCCAUCUGAAAAAGGUCUUGCUUUAAGAUCUGUGAAUUCAUGCCGGUCAGCAUAUGGAUGUGUUCUCUUCUCUCCUGUGUUUUUCCAACAUUAUCAAUGGUCAACCUCAGUGGAAAUGAAUGAGAAUGACACAUUAUCAAAUUUAAAUUGCAAAUUGGGAAUGAAGUCGAUUCUGCCCAUCUUUAGAUGUCUGAAUUCCCUCGAAAGAAAUGUAGAGAAGUGCACAAUAUUCACCAGAUCUGAUAAGUGCAAAGUGGUUAUUCGGUUCUUCUGCAGACAUGGUGUUAAAAGGACUCAUAAUGUAUGUUUUCAAGAAAGUCAACCUUUGCAAGUUGUUUUUGAAAAGAAUAUGUGUACUAAUACACUAAUGAUUCAACCAAGAGUGCUUGCUGAGGCCAUUGUUCUUUUUACAUCGAGUCAAGAGGAAGUUACUCUUGCUGUUACUCCACUGAAUGUUUGUAUUAAGAGUUCUAAUGAGGAAUCAAUGGAUAUGACCAAUUCUGUAUACAGUGAGAUGUUUGUGGGCCCAGAUGAGUUUGAUUUCUUUCAAAUUGGAGUUGACAGUGAAAUAACGUUUUGCUUCAAAGAAUUAAAGGGAGUGCUGAUAUUUUCAGAAGCUACACACGCUCCUAUAUCCAUUCAUUUCGAUAUUCCUGGCAAACCUAUGGCAUUAAGUAUUGAUGACAUGUUAUUGGAAGCUAACUUUAUUUUGGCCACAUUAGCUGAUGAACCAAGUAGUGGAUCUUCUCCACAAUCACUGUGCCUUUCACAAAAACGAAAAAGGUCAGAUCUGUUAUGUUCAAAUUCAAAGGCUGGUGAAAAAGAUAGGAAGGCCACGGAGUACAUCUCAAGAAAAGCAACACCCAAAAGGCUUUAUCCUAAUGAGACUCUCACGACCAUCUGUACGUUGGAAAACUGUGGCAGCCCUAUAAUGAAAAGCUUGAACAGAGAUAUUACUGAAGUACCAGAAAGCAGUGUCAGCAACACAGAGGAAGUACCAGGGACUCUGUCUCAGGAAGGUAAAAAGAAAUGUUGAGACAUGACCAUGACUCAGUCAAGAAUUCUUAUCAUCUGUCUCCCUUUGCAAUCUCUCUGCCCCAGCCCACCCCCAAUAUCCUGAAAAUUAACUUUCUUACUUUUUAAGAGGUGAGAGGCGAAGCCAGUCUGAGAUGGAGAAAAGACUGAUUUAUAGAAUGUCAAUACAAAAAUCACUUUGUAAGGGAUAAAAAGUACAACUUGGCAGUUACAAAAUAGUCACGGGGAUAUAAAGUACAGCGUAGGGAAUAUGGUCAGUUAUAUUGUAAUA